GGCGCGGUCACGUGAUGUUUGGGUGGCGGCGGCGCGGCGCGGCCUCGCGGCGGCUCGCGCGCGGCGGCAGAUUGUAAGGAAGACUUCUGUGACAAAGAGAAAAGGACUCUGGAACCAGUUGGUUUAAAAUACAAUCCAGGAUUCAUUGCUAUCUAGAAAAUGUCUUAUGGAUCCAUUGAUGGGAGUGGAUUUGGAAGCAGGAACCCGUUUGGAGGCCCUUCGAGACAAGGCUAUCAACCUCUCGCCACCCAGAUUGAUCCCAAUGAACUACAGGAACUUUUUCAGGAAACUUCAGCCAAUGUCUUCCGAAUUAACUCCAAUGUGACCUCCCUGGAAAGAAGCCUUAGAUCUCUGGGGACCUCAAAUGAUACUCAAGAGCUGCAGGAUGGACUGCAUGCAACCCAACAAGAGACUAAUAAAACCAUCACUACUAGCACCAAAGCCAUCAAGCAGCUGUCUGAGAUUGUCAGAGGCUCAUCCAGGCAAGAGCGACUUCAGCUGGACAGGUUGAAGAACCAGCUGUCCGAUGCCAUCCAGCGAUACGGGGCUGUGCAGAAGAAAAUAGCAGAGAAAUCCAAAGCUUUGCUUCCUACUGGGCAGAGGAGUAGCAAACAGCAUAGUCCUAGGACCCCAUUCUCUGACCUACCUGAUGAUGAGAAGAUCUUUAACGGAGGAGAUGGCACGUGGCAAAACCAGAGCCAGGAUCAAGCCUUGCUCUCGGAAAUCACAGAAGAGGAUCUGGAGGCCAUCCGUCAGCGGGAAGAGGCCAUUCAGCAGAUUGAGAGUGACAUGCUUGACGUGAACCAGAUCAUUAAAGACCUGGCCUCCAUGGUGCAUGAGCAAGGAGACACCAUAGACAGUAUUGAAGCCAACAUUGAGACUGCAUCUUCUAAUGUAGAAUCAGCCAAUGAGCAGUUGGCAAAAGCCAGUCAGCACCAACAACGAGCCAGGAAGAUGAAGUGCUGCCUUCUCUCUGUCGCUUUGACCGUCCUGCUGUUUGUUGUUAUAAUCAUCGCGGUCUCAGUCAAACGCUGAUCUGGCUACGGUUUCCAGAGGUAAAAGCCUUUAAAGCCCUCGAUCACCCUGGGAAGUGAAAUGGAUUCUCAAGGCGUUUCACAUUCAGGCCCUACAUCAACGUCUGCUUUACUGAUUAUGUUGCAUCAAAACUGCUAUAACCAAUAAACGUUGUAAUUAUAUAAAAGAAAA